UAAUUAUUAUUCAUGGCGAACAAACGAAGCCUGUAGGCACGUCUGGGUUUCGCUCGCUCGCAUUAUCGACAUGGAGUGCCUUCACGCGACGUGACUGCAACUAGCAGUUGUAUAUGCGACCAGCAGUUGCUCUUCAAAGGUUGUCCUAGUCUCACUGAAUUCGUUUCUUUCCUUGCUUCCCCGCAUGUAGAAAUUAUCCUCGCCGACCACACUUCCUGCUUCGCACGUGCAAGGCUUCCUCUGACUCCAAGAAUUGCCGUUUUGCUCCCGCGUUGCCGUCUCGUUCCCGAUGUUAGCGGCGUUAAGCCGCGAUCGACCCAACGUCGACAUGGUACCCCGGGCUGGCGAUCAGCGUCGCACGGACGACGACUGUGCGACGCCGCUGUGGCUGCUGGAGGUGUCGCCGGACCACGAGAGCAGUCGCAGCACGCUCAGCGUCGCCCUGGCUGACGUGGACAGAUUCCAGCGAGCCAAUGACGGCGAGACGCCUGUCAUCGUGCUCGUUUCCGUCGUUAUCGAUACAGACGGAUCCAAACCGGCAUCGGCGCGCAAGGAGCGAUCGCGGCACGGCGCGACGGAAGAUUUGAUUCUGCGCAGCGUGAUGCGGCCGAUGCAGGCCAUCGCAGAGAGCAGAAAGUAGGGGUCCUAACUGAACUAAAU